AGCAAUUUGACUUACUCUUUGGAAACCUGGAAGCUGUUCUUCACCAAAAUGUCAAGUGCCCUGGAUGAGGCUCUAGACCGUUAUUCACUCAUGACCUCCACCAUCAAUAGUCCAUUCGUGCCAGAGGUGCUAGAUGUAAUUGGAGAAGUUAAAAUCAGUAACUUCACCGAGGAAGAGCUACAAAAUGUCAGCUUCAUCAAAAUGUGGUUUGAUAUUAAGCUCAAACCGUUCAUUCCAUCUGUGUCCAAAGAGUUCCUCUCCUGCCUCAGUACUAAGAACUUCAGCUGUGAGACCUACCAGGCCGUGGUGAGAGCACUGAGUGAACAAAUCUCAUCCUUGGACAGAAAGCAAGAGCGAUUUGUCUACACUCACUUCAUCCAUCUCUUCCUUUCGAGGAAUGACACUUCAGAUCCCAGCUGCCUCUCUAGCACCGAUGGCAGCACAGACUGGCUUCAGAAGAACUUUGGAAACUUUACUGUCUUCGCUCCGCUGGAAGAUUUGGUCAGACUCAAUGACAAUUUCUCCAGCUUCGAAACAUUGGCCCUGCUGACCCCAACUCAGACAGCAGACCUGACAGUGAUUUCGGGAGCGCUGAAGAACACAGAUCAGAUCAACACUGUAUUUGACCAACUGGAGACAGAAGACCCUUUCCGGAACAUCGAUGAGUAUCUGACUCAACUGUCCACGCGUUCAGAGCUCCCAGAAAUCAAGCCUGCUGUAAGAGACAUUAUGAUGACUCGCACCUUCCACAUCAUCAAAAUGAAGUUCCCAGAAUUUGAAGGCCAAGACUGGAUGCUCUGGUUCCAUGUCAAGCUGAUUCUUGUCCUCCCAAGUAUUAAAGCAGAGAUGCUUUCCAUCGCUAUCUCAAACAUCAGCUGCACCAAUUACCACAUCAUCGUUGGAGGAAUAGGCAAGGUCUCUGAAAACAUGGAAUCGCAUAGAAAACGGGAAAUUGCACAGGUUUUAGUGGACCACCUCAAAGAAUCUGCUCACCAAAUCCGUGAACCAGCGUGCAGAGAGAACAUCCAAAAUGAUGCUGACUUUCUACAAAUAAAUUUGGGACCAUUCUCCGAGGAUGUAACCUAUUCAGACCUGAAAGAUUUAAACAUCACAGGGUUGGAGGUUCUGGACACUCUCUCCCCGGAGCAAAAAGCAGUUCUGAUUCUUGACCCCAGUAGCAAUGCUUUGGAGAACGAAACCACCGUGAGGAUUAUUUUCAACAGUUUGCUGGAAUCUCCAGAGGAGGAGGAACUUGAAGAACUUGAAGAGUUCUAUGAAGCUUUUGUGGAGGCCACAGAGGAGGAAAAUGUGAAAGUCAUUGAAAACCCGCGCGUAAGAGACACAAUGCUAAACUUGACUUUGAUGGCACUGGCUCCGCAAUUCCCCGUCUUUGAACCGAGUGACUUUGCUCUCUGGUUCCAAGUCAACCUGGUUGUCCUUCUGGCCAGCUUUAAUCCUGGAAGCUUGGUUGUAAUCCCCAUGAAUAUCAGCUGUGACUCCUACCAUGCCAUAUUGAAAGGGCUUGAUCAAAGUUUGGCAUCUCUUCCACCUGAACUCACGCAGGGCAUUGCUUCAAGCAGGGAAAUUUUGAUACAGAGAGUUCCAAAAGGCUGCAAGGAUAGCGCUCCCACACCAACUCCUAGUGAUGGAGAUCAUGAUCUGGACAGCCUCUCUCCAGACCAGAAAGUUAACCUGCUACUAGACCCAAGAACUGGUGCUCUUGAUAAUGAAACUAUUGUCCGGGAGGUGUUUGCAAGCUUGCUGAAUUCCCCUCCUGACAGACAGCUUGAAAUGUUCUUUGAUGCUUUUGUUGAUGCCACCAAUCAGAGAAACCUGACAGUCAUCAGCAACACUGCUGUGAGAGACACCUUGCUUAACCUGACUCUGACUGCCCUGACUUCCAUGUUCCACAUCUUUGAACCAAACAACUUCACAGUGUGGUUCCAGGUUAAUCUUGCUCUGCUUCUGCCAGGGAUUAACUCUCACAGCUUGGCUGUCAUUCCAAAGAACAUUAGCUGUGACUCCUAUCAUGCUAUAAUAAAAGGUUUUGGCAAUGUGGUUGCCUCCUUAUCAAAUGAACAGUCUCAAAACAUUUACAGCUUUGCCUUGAAUUAUUUGUCAGCCAGACCAACACAGGGCUCCUCGUGUGUCCUUGUUGAUGCUAACGACAGAAACUGGCUUGUACAGAAUUUUGGACAAUUCAGAGUUCAUGCAUCAUACACUGACUUUCUAAAAUUGAACAAGGAUUUCAAUGGAGUGGAUAUUGUUGAUCUGCUGACGGAGACACAUAUUGCACAACUGGCUGCCACGCCUAGACAACUGAAAACAUCCAAGGACGUCAACAAGAUCAUAGCUGCGAUCCAUCCUGCCAAUUUUGGAGCUUUCUUCGACAUUGUUUCCCCAGCCAUUCAGGAAAAUGAAGCCAAUUACUCAUAUGAAGUGAAAUCUGCAAUGCUCCAGGAGGUUAUCGAUAAAGGAAAUCUGUCUGCCCCAUCUAUUGCAGAUACCGAAAUUCUGGUGUGGCUCAGAGUUAGGCUGAGCCCCCUGAUUCAAAAUCUGACAGCAAGUCAAGUGGCUGUUUUCUUUAAUAUUGUGCAAAACAGGAGUUGCAACACAAGCCAAGAAACUGUGAAUUUACUGGAUUCUGUCCGAUCUACCUUGAAUGAAGACACAAAAAAUGAAAUUUUCAGCAAGAUACUGUUUUCACUCAAAGAACCAACACCAAUUCAUUGCUAUGAAAAGGGCAGUUUCUAUUUGUUCCUGAGAAGCACUUUUGUUCACUUUGGAAAUCCUAACCUUACAACCUUCCUGUCUCUAAUGCCAAGCCAUCGUAAACCUGAGCUGAUCAACUCCAUCCAGCCAUCUGAGCUCAGUAGCUUCCUCAGUCACCCAAAAGUCAUUGACAAAGAGGCAGAACUGUGCAUAAUCUUCAAUAACUACAACAGGACUCCUGACUUCUUGGAAAUGCAGGGGGAUAUUCCUGAUGAUGCGAGAAGAUCAAUCUUGCCCUGUGUCUGGCCUUUAGCUCUGAGCAGUGAGAAUGAAACAGAGGUUGAUCUUUGGUUUGAGAAGAGACUGAAGCUCUACCUGACAUUCCUCACUAAGGAUCUCAUCAGCUCUACUGAGACACUGAAUGCCAAAUGUCUGCCCUUUAGGAAAAUUGUCUCUGUUCUAGGAAACAAUUCCAACUAUAAUAGCUCAGAUUUUGGACAGGAAGAUGUGUACAAGACCAUUAAGUCCUAUCUCAGCACAGGCACAAAGCCCAGGUGUUAUAAUGCUUCAGACCCACAGCUGAAUUCCACUGCUUGGUUUGCCAAUUACAUUGGCGUCUUUGUGACCUUCAUUUCCCUGGCUGAUCUCAACACAUUCGUCUCCACUGACCAAAUUAACAUCUUUUUGGAGGAUCCAAAAAAUAUCCAGAUUUUCAACAACCCAGCCAUACCUGAGAAUGUCACUUCUUUUUACACAUUACAAAUAUACACACAGAACCCCAACUUUAGUCCCCUUUUACUUCCUGGAAAUUUUCUUUGUGAAGUCCCAAGCUCAGCAUAUAUGUCACUGAACCAAGAUGAGAGUAUUGCCAUCUUGGACGUUCUGAACAGCUUCUGCAACGAUAGCGCUGAUCCCGAGGUAUCUGCAGCCUUGGCAGAAAAUUUUGUAACCAUCAGCAAGGUGGCAAUAGAAUCUUUAGGACAGCAGAGUACCGGACUAACAGCUGGACAGAUUAAAGGAACUCCGCCAUCUGUUCUCCUGUCAUCUCUUCAAACGCUAAGUGAUGUCCAAGGCUGGAACCAGGGACAGUCCAGCUCACUUGUACGGGCCCUAACCACUGGCGGCUUUAAGAUUAAGGACGCCACCUCCUUGCUGUCACUGGGAACAAUAGUAGGAGGUGUUCCCUCUGCCAGUUUUACCAGCAUUCCCCCUUCUGAACUUAUCACUACUGCUCAAAAUCCAACCUUUAUCAAGAACAUGAAAAAUGCCCCAAAGAUUUUACAGAACACCUAUGUCAGCAAGAUUAUCACGGUAAACCGAGACCCAAAUAUUGUGCUACAAAAUGUGCCUGAUGAAAUGGCUGCUGAAAUCCCAAGCGUUUUGCUAACUUUCUCUCAAGGACCUGUGGAAGUACAGAAAAUAAAUCAGAAAACAUGGACUCAAGACCAGGCUUCUGUGUUCUUUGAAAAAGUCGCACAUGGCAGUAAUGAUUCUGAAAUACUCACACCAUCUGUGUUGCAAGGAUUUUCCUGUAGUGGAGUACGAACUGUUGACUUUUCAAAAGUCAGGAAACUUAUCAGAGCUUGCAGGCCAAGGCAAAAUCGAAGGAAGGUGGUGCUGAAGGAGAGUCAACUGACCUGCAUGUACAAUUAUAUCAAAAAUGACGGGCCAGAGAUCUUUACCGAUUACCCAUCAGAUAUGUUGCUGUAUUACAAUUAUGAGAAGGUGGGACAAGUCCAAUGCAAUUCAUACUUUACAGCAACUGGGGCAGCAGACUUCAGUGUCUUGUCCAAAGUAUUGAACAAAGAAGUUAAUUUGUUGAACAAUGCAAAAGGCUGUCUGGGUAUAAGAGGAACAAGCAUCAACAGAACAAAUGUGGAAAUACUGGGCAACAUGUGUUGCACACUGGACGGGUCCUACAUUGAGAACUCUGACCCCUUGAUCCUGGAGAAACUUAAGAACUGCAAAGACCUCUCUGAAAUACAGAUUGCAUCUGUGCAGAAGGUUUUGUUGACUGGAAACACUAAGUAUGGAAAUGCUUCCACAUGGAAUCGCCAAACCCUGGAAGACCUUGGAAUACUUCCACUAUACCUAACAAAAGAUUUCUGGGAUAGAUUUGAUAGUUCAGUGAAAAGGAAAUUCCUCAAAGUAUACCUGCCACAACUCAGGAGAAACAAGACAGAGAAGAAAAAACUGAAGAGCCUGUUCAAACAGUCAAAUUCUGUGAGAUCUGUGAGAUCUAAACGUGCAGCAGGGUGCACUAUUGGCAACAUUACCCAGUCUACUAUAAGUGAUGGAGCAUUUCCUUUUGGGUAUGAUGCAUCCCAGUUUGAUCUCUGCCUGGAUGUCAAAAUUGUGAAAGAUAAUUUGGAAGCUCUCACUGAAAAGGUUGCUAAUGCAGACUUUCAGAAAAUAAUUUUGGCCAAAUUAAAUCAGGCAUACCCCACAGGCAUUGCAGAUGAGCAGGUUCAAGUUCUUGGGCCAGUUUCUCGUGUAGCCUCAAUAGAUGACAUUAACAACUGGAAUGUCACCAGUCUUGAUACUCUUGCUGCUCUCAUGCUGACAGAAGAUGGCCAAUGGGAGUCAGAUCAGAGUAAGGCCAUCAUCACAAAAUACUUAAGCACUGCGGGCAACAGUCUGGGGACUGCUGAAUUGAAUGCAGUAGGAGGGGCAAACCUGUGCUCGCUAAAUACCAGUGUCCUGAAACGUAUCACCCCAAGCAGCUUGAGCGAGGCCAAUGCUUUGGACAUUUCGUCUUGCGUCCCUGAGCAGAAGAAAGAGAUCUACCGCAUCGCUAACAGCUCCUUCAGCACUUUGAGUACUGAUACUGGUGCUUUUUUCCAGCUCAUCAAAUCCUAUCUUGGUGGUGCCCCCAUAGAUGACAUAAGAAAAGUGUCUGCCCAGAACCUCAGCAUGGAUAUAGAAACUUUGAAGAGUCUCAACCAGGAUGUUCUCUUGAAUCUCACAGUGGAUGAGGUCCAAGGACUUCUAGGCAACAGCUUAGCUGAUCUGAAAACCUUUGAGAAUGAUACCAUCGUACAAGAAUGGGUCGGAUUGCAGUUUCAGUCAGAGCUCAACAGGUUAAGUCUGAAUCUCAUUGGUGGAAAACAAGACCCUCCCUCUCCUACAGUGGCAGGGCUCAAUAGCAAUGCCACGGCAAUGAACAACACAACAGAAACAACAACAACAACAAUGGUAACUAUAGCAGCAAGCACCUCUGCAUCAGGCAAUGAAACAAGUAGCAGCAGUACACACCCUAGACCAAGCAGUGCAUUUCUCCCCUUCUUCCUGUGGUUGAUGAUCAUCACGCAGCUGUAAUUUUAGAGUACUUCAAAGUCUCUUGCUCACUGAUGAACAUGAUAAGUAGAACAAAGGAAACCAUUUACCUGAACAUUUGCAAAACUGAUUAAUAUAUUUCUCUGGUUUGGGCUCUCUUCUGCUAUGUAUUUUUGGAUGUUGCUUGUACAUUGUUGUCGAAUUACAACUGAUUUUAAUUGAUACUUUCAGAACAGUGUACUUUGUAGAUUAAUCAUCGCAGUGUGCUUUUGUGGUGUUUGCGACUCUGAGUAAAAUGGAAUAUUGAUGCAGCUCCCUCAAGAGGAAAAAAUAAUAGUCUUCAUUCCCAUAUAGUCCAUAUGAACGUGUUCCUCAAUGUUUGGUUUUCUCAUUGAGUUGAAGACAAACUAUAGAGCCCUAAACUCAGCUGCUACACUAAAAACAAAAAUUCUGUAUUGUUCUGAAAUGUAAUAAAGAUAUGUAUUAUUUAUGAUUUCUAUCUUCUUCAAAGAAUGAGUUACAGUUGGAGGCCCAUUGUGUUAAUUUGAGGCCCAUUGUGUUAAGUGAAAUCUCUACUAUGUAAUCAGUUAUACACAUAAAACUUGAAUGAUUAAGCAUAUGCUCAAUUCCUCCCCACUCCUACUUUAUAAUGUAUCUUUGCACAUAAAGAAAUAAAGGUAUUAUACAACCUAUUAAUAUUU